AUGAUAUGGAAUGAUGAUGAUGACGAUGAUGAUUCGGCUGAUGAUGAUGAAGAUGAUGACGAUGAUGAUGAUUCGGAUGAUGAUGAUGAUGACGAUGAUUCGGAUGAUGGUGAUGAUGAUGAUGAUGAUGAUGAUGAUUCGGAUGAUGAUGAUGAUGAUGAU